GCCGUGGGCUUCUUGGCAAUCCCUGACCUCCGGCGCGAGAUGGCUGACUUGUUGGAUGAGAUUUGGGACGAGCCCUACCCUGUCCAACAGGCCAAGCGCAUUAUCUGGGGCUACGGCGCUGAUGAGGCUGAGGAAGGCGAACAGCUACCUCAGCUGCGGCCGCUGGAACACACGGUUUGUGAAGUCGAAGAAGUGAGGCUAACGAAGAAGCAGAUCAAGGAGCAGAACAAGGCCGUGCUGGCACUGCAGCAGCAGAAAGCAGCCAUGCGUCCUGCAGAGCCUCCGGAAUAUGUCAAAAAGAGCGAGUUGAAAGUUGGCGACAGGGCAUCUCUCCACGUGAAGUACGGUGAUCACAAAGGCCACUAUGCAGUGCGCAUUGUGGGAAUAGAGGAGAAGGGCCUCCGGAUACAGCAUGAGAAGGACGGCUAUGAGGAAGUCGUCAAGCAGCGGGACAUCAAGUCCGGCAAGCUGACGAUCAGCGUUGUGUCAUGA